AUGGAAUCGAUUUUGACACAAGUAGAUGUUUUGAUCAAGACCUAUCUCGGUCCACAAUGGGACCUUUCAAUGGUCAUCAGUAAGGCAUUGGGAUAUGGUAUCGUUGUAUUCUCAAUGAUCUUGAAGUUACCACAAAUCCAAAAGUUGGUCUCAUCACGUGAUGCAACAGGUGUUUCACUUCUCUCUGUAGUACUUGAGACUAUGGUAUUUACUAUUUCAGUACUUAGUGGUGUAUUAUUAAAGUAUCCAUUCUCUACCUAUGGUGAGAGUGUUUUCAUCUUGGCACAAAAUAUUAUCAUUGUAUAUUUGGUGUUCUUGUACAAAAACAAGAUUGGAGCCAUGUUCUGGGCUGGUGUUGUCACCUAUCUCGCCGUUGUCUAUGGUGUCGUUCAAGUUGCCAACAGAGAACUAUUAUUGAUCCUCACUUCAGCAAACAUUGGUGUAGCAAUCUUCUCAAAGAUCCCACAACUCUUUAUGAAUUUCAGAGAAAAGAGUGUUGGUCAACUCUCAUUCGUUACCACCCUUUUGAAUUUUAUUGGUAGUCUUGUUCGUGUGUUCACCACCUUGAAGGAAAUCCCAGACAAGAUUGUAUUAUUGAGUUAUUCAGUUGGUGCAGGUUUGAAUCUCUUGAUGCUCAUCCAAUUUAUUUUAUACUGGAACAACAAGACUCCAACCAGAAAGGUUGUACAACCAGGAAAGAAGAAGCAACAAUAA